AGAAUGCACCGCUUUGGCCACACGGUUCCUGACACAUUCAGCUACGAAGAAAGUUGACGAAGCCAACUUUUUAUUUCUUUUUUCGCUAAGAAAGAAUCUGAACAUGAAGCUGCUAAUAUUCUUUGCCCUUGUGGCUCUGGCCAGUGCACGUCAAUGUUGCGGACCUCGUCAGAUCAUGGCCGGAAAUGGUGCAACCGUUGGCAUAGAUAAUGGUAGUCCAGAGGGAUACCACACCUAUGCUUAUGGAGCGUUCGAUUACAUCAAUCGCAGGUUUGGAUAUACCAUGUACGUGAACAAUGUCGACGGAAAAAGCUCGCAUGUCUACCGUGUGGUCCAAAAAUAUGAGGAGGAUACUGAAUGGAUCAUACAUGAAGUUACACGGAGCUGUCUGAAGAGGAAGGCCUAUCAACCAGAGCCAAGUCCUUGCGUACCAGAGCGAGCAGAUUUCUCGACCACCUUCUUCUUGGGCGGGGCCAAAGGAUUGGAGGUAGAUACCUGGUCCUACACCUAUACCAGUCCUAAGGAUCCUCUAGACGGUGUGGUAGCUCUGAACACGGUCCAUGGAUCCUGUAUACCUACGGGAGGAUCUAUCUUCGGCAAGGUCAACAGCGGUGGACAGGAUGUUUCUUUCGUGAUUGCCAGUGGAGUACUAAACAUGACCCGUUCCAUACCCGAUCCUGAUCGUUGGUUCACUCUACCAAGCUAUUGCAACCAAUCGGUGAGCGUGUCCGGUGACAGCACAGUGUUUGAUCACGAAGUCUUGAAGUUACCCAUCUUCUUCUAAACGAGAUUGUUCUCACAGAUGUGUUUCAUAAAUCUCACGGUGCUUAAAAACAUUAUGCACUACUCUGCUUUCUUGAUGUUCCCAUUUUAAAUUCAGAAUAAUAUUGUCGUCAGCCCUUAAAAAAACUUACACCAAAACGCCUUUCAAAAAUCAAGUUGCAGCUUAUAUGGAUUUACGAACAGCUUUAUGAUACUUCGGACUGACAGUCACUUCUAACCAUUUGGAAAAAAAAAUUAGGCCUACCUGAUGACUGAGGGGAUGGGGUAAAUCUUGAAGAUUCCAUUUUCCUUUUCAAGUAAAGGGGCGGCUGUGGUAAAUUUCAGAUUCUGACAUUCCAAAACUUUCCCUAAUAUAGCAAGAUCCAUGGUAAAAUCAUGAUUGUAAAUUUUGGUAGGACUCUUGCAGACGAACGCUGGUACAAUAUUGGAAAUGGUAAGACAAAUGACAUCCAUUGUUAGAUUUGUACCGCAGUGAAUAUAUUUGAUUAAUAAUGUUUAUUAUUUGUUUGACUAAAUUUUGUAUAUAAUCUGUUACUUUCCUAAAUAUGGUUUUAAACCAGUAUCGAUCGUUGCACCAGCUUUUUAGUAUAGACUAGGCCAAAAUAAAUGUGUAUGGGCAAUUGCAAAAUAUUGUUGUACUAAUUAAGAAAUAAACCAAGUUUGAAACAAAGUUUGUGUCGGAAAAAUAUUGUUGCUCUAAUUAAGAAAUAAACCAAGUUUGAAACAUAAA